AUAACGUGAACAGCGCUCAAACGGGGAGGACGUGGGAUGCGAGUGGUAGUGCUCCGUUAGAAACAUAAUUAUUAUUUCAAAUGUUUCUAAUAUCGAAAUUAUAAAGUACAAAGAUUUAGGAUAGGUUCCAAACGCAGUCGCCGCCAUCAUGGCGUCGGACGAACAAUUUUCAUUAUGUUGGAACAAUUUCCACGCCAAUAUGUCAGCAGGCUUUCAUGGCCUGCUGUCGCGUGGAGAUUUAGUAGAUGUAACGUUGGCUGCCGAAGGCAGGUUAUUACAGGCACACAAAUUAGUUUUAUCAGUAUGUUCUCCCUAUUUUCAAGAAAUGUUCAAAAUGAACCCUACUCAGCAUCCCAUAGUAUUUUUAAAAGAUGUUAGUCAUUCAGCGCUAAGAGACUUAUUACAGUUUAUGUAUCAAGGUGAAGUUAAUGUUAAGCAAGAAGAAUUAGCGUCAUUUAUUAGUACAGCGGAACAACUUCAAGUGAAAGGUUUAACCGGUAAUCAAAAUGAAGAAAGUUCCACGCCAUCCAAACCAAAGCCGACCUCUAGGCCAGGCCCGAGGUCGUCACAACAAAGGCAAUCCGUUAUGACUAAGUUAGAGACUGAUUUAGAUUCUAAGCCCUCCUCAACUCCAGUAGCAAUUAAGAGACCAAAUAGGCCAUCAAUAGCAUCAAAUAAUUCCUCAUCAUCUCAAAGUGGACCUGCGAAACGAAAAUGUGUAGACCCCUUAGAAGCCGGACCCUCAGGAUCAGCUAAAGAAGAAUUUGUUACGAUACCGGACGAAGACGAAAACAAUGCCGUGGCACCGAAAAUGGAACCAGAAUUUGUUAACGAAAGCAUGUGGGAUGACGAUGAUGAAGGCGCAAAUAAUGAUGAAACAAACUUUGGCGAAGACGACUCUAAUAUGGAAAUGACAGGAUUUGAUGGCUCGGCUACUGGAGAUGGCAAUAUGUCUGGCGGCGGGGAAGGUGGCGCUGUUGGGGAUGCACAAGCGCGCUUCAUCCGCGCCGGCAAGGGGCGCCUGUUGUUGCACCGUGGCUACACGUUCCGUCUGAAGAACAACUUGGCACACGGUCGCAAACAGUGGUACUGCUCGUCACGCCUCACCUCGCGCUGCCUCGCUGAUGUCAACACCGAAGGCCCGGAGGGCUUCGAGCGUAUAGUUCGUUCGCGCUACGCCCACAAUCACGCGCCGCCGAAUGUGCGGCGUUUCGCCGACGGACGCUAUGUGGUGCGCACGCCGCACCAGAGUGGGCACCGCGCACCCGCUCCCCUCGACCCCCACCAUCAGCUGCUGCAACUUCAGCACGCGCUCGCGCUGUACGCCGCCACAGCACACGCCAACGCCACAGCAAACGCGACCGCAGCCGCCUCCGCCGCCACCGGCCCGGCCCCUCAACAGUCGCCGAACUCCCUCCCUCCUUCGCAAAAUGCACCCACUGCAAAACCCUUGUUGGUCGACACACCUUGCAAUGAGGAGGAUUAGGCUCUUUUUGUAAACGCGGUUGAAAUUUCACAUUGGAGCGAAAAUUUCACGAUUUUGACGACGAUGAUAUAUCGAGCAACCGAUAUAUUCCUCGAAGCCUUUUGGCACAUAUAAUGUAGUAUAAAUUAUAUUUAAAGUAAUUUUUAUUAGGUAAGAUAAAUGGGGAUAGGAUGGUUUUUAUUAAGAUUGCGAUGGCAUCGUUGGAGUUAUUUAAUAUCGGUAAUAUGAAUGUAUGUAAAACCUUCUUAAGUCAAGAAAAGAUGUUGCGAUAUCAUAAAUGGCACGACCACCAGUGGUUAAAAGACCAGUAUGUCGAGGUUAUUUAUCGCGACACUUAGGUUAAGCGGUCUUAUCGAGGUCUAUAAUGUUAUUCAUAUAUAGGUGUGGGUUAUUUAUGGAAAGGAAUAGGGAAUGUUAGGAUGUUAAUGUGUAAGAACUUUCUGAAGUUUUAUGGAAGGCAGCCUUUACACAUUUAUUGAUAGCUGUUCAAAUCCUGAUAUUGAUAUGCAUUACAUUCCAAAUUAUAAAAUGUAAGAGGACCUUACGUCACAGCAUUGAACAAUGGCAGAUCUUCCAAGAAAAGGUUAAAUAAAAAUAAAAUACAAUUAAUUAUCAAUGAAGGAUGAUAUGCAUGAGUAACUGUGUACAGGCUGCCGAUCGUGUCACCUGUAAUGUUAUCAGAUAUUGGUAGAUGGUUACUAUCCGGAAUUAGACGAAAUUACGUGUAUGAUUUCUUAUAAGCUCAAUCUAUCUGAGCAGCACAUCAUAGUAGCGAUAAGCAAGCUGGUCUGCACAUGAGGUAGGUUGGAACAGGACCCGAGAACGACCGCAGGGAAGUCAGGCGAUCGACAGAGAGCGCAAGUCAAGGUUCAGCGGUCUCCACCGCUGACUACGCGUCGGUGACUGAUUAUGCGGAAUCGAUUUGAAUGUAAGCAAUAUAAUAUUGAAUCCCUGGACUGCACUUAGAAAUACUUUAUUUAUUUUGAGAGUUUUAAAUUUACAUAUUCAAAUGUUGCUACUUAGAGGAUUAUAGACGUCCGCCUUUUUUAUCUAUAAGAAACAUCCCUUGUUAUUGGAUAUUUUGAAAUAUGCAAUCACCUACCUUCGAGUGUAAAUGCUGUGCUCCCGCGCGGCGUCGUGUCGGGGGCUCCAGUCGCAGUCGAUGUUUUGCUCUUAGGAUUGAUUUUUAAGUACUUAAGCUCAAUCAACUACCUCUUUCACUUUUUAUACGGGUUUUACAGAAUAGUUUAAUUAUACAAUUUUAUAUACACGAAUGAAUACUCAGAAGCUUUACUCUAGUAAGGUGUUAUAGGUUAAAAUUAGGUUAGGAUUAUAGGUUAGUCAAGCGCGUCGGGGCGGUACUCCGCGCAGGGUCCGACGCGCUCUAUUAUUACCUCUACUAUUGAAACUCAACUACCUCUUUGAAUAGUUAUUACUUGUACUCGAUAGUUCUCUGUUGAUGACUUUAGUAUAAAUAAUUAUACGAGACUGUUGUCUGAAUAUAUUUUAUUAAUUGUUUUAAAAUAAUAAUUUGUUGCUUGUCUAAUUUUUUUUUCAAUGAGAACGUGGACCUGCUUAUUUUGUAUAUUCUAAGACUUUAAUUUAAGUACAAAUUUUGACUAAUUGUAAUUGUUGUUUAGAUGACUUAGGUAUCUUGGGGUCUUAAUGUAUGUUUGGAUGAAGUAGCGGGGUAAAAUUUUUUUAAUCAAUAAUUUAUUGUAGUUCGUGUCAAAACUUUUACUUUUAAAAUAAAGAUAACUAUAAUUCUUAAAAAGGCAACUCAAGUGAUUUUGUAUUAAACGUUGUAUGGGCUUAAUGUUGUUUACGAUUUAUAUAUUUAAUGCAAGUGAAAUUAAUGAAUUAGUCACAUCAAUACCGUUUAAUGUAAAAUCUACUUAUAUAGAUAUAAGAUUUUGAAUUGUAUUUGGUCGUUUUGAAAAUUAUUUACAAAUCUAAAAUAAUUUACCACGUUCUAUGGCUUUUCUUAGCAUCACUGUGCUAAAGCGAUACAUCACUGUGCUGAAGCGAUACAUUGUAACUCGUUUGGCCGCGGCGAAAUUCUGUAUCAUAAUUAUUUUAGGAUUAAUAUAUAACUUAAUUCUACUUAAUAUUAAGGGAAAUGACAAUAUGCGUCAAUUAUAUAAAAUACGAUUUUACCAUAGUGAAUUUGAUGCAAAAUUUAAAUCAUCCGCUUUUGUAUACGCGUCUUUUACAGUUGUAUUUAUUGUAAUGAACAGUUUUUGGCACUUCCUAAGAUUAUGUAUAUAUGUACCUAAUGGCUAUGUUUGUACUUUUAUGUAGUGUGAAUGAAUCUCAUAGUAAUCGAUUUUUUAUGAAAGUUUGAGGACCGCUGUCGCCGCGGCUCGGCAUUCGACCAGUACACAUCAAGUUGUUCCUCUUUAACACUAAUCUAUCUACCUCAUUCACUGUUAACUACUCGAUAUGUUUACAAGUCUUUUACGUAGUGUAAUUUUGUAUUUACCAUUAUAUUAAUAAGGAGAAUUUGGGUUUAUGUAUGGGGUAUGUUUUGUGAAAUAUUACAUUGUACUUAU